AUGACUAAUGGUAUUUUGGGCAUGGACUAUCUCCGAGAACAUGAUUGCGUUCUUUACUUAUCAUCUGGACACAUGAUGAUAGAGGGUCAUGAAAUCAAACUGUUUACUGAAAAGUCUGUACCGUGUUGUCGUGUAACUGUUCGAGAAGAUAUUACUAUACCGCCAUAUUCUAAGCUGAUUUCUUCUGUAGUGGAUCCAGGAAAGUCCACUGUUCCUGUUUUAGCGGUGAACCAAAAAGGCAGACAACUUAAGAUCAGGGCUGGAUCUUUGAUUGGUAUUGCACACCCUCAACUUGUAGCACAAAUUCAAGUUGACGAAUCCGAUAAUCGGGUUAUAGCUUCUGAAUUACCAGAACAUCUACAUGACAUGGUCAAUUCCGUUGAGGAUCUAACCCCGAGUCAACGUGAACAGUUGGUCAACUUGAUUUGUGAAUUCCAUGAUGUAUUUGUAGGACCAGAUGGCGAACUUGGCCGUACUUCAGCAGCAAAGCAUAGGAUCAUCACAACCACACCACAGCCGAUUCGGCAGGCUCCUCGUCGAAUGGGGUGGGCGCGUAGGAAGAUAGCCGAAGAAGCUGUUGAUAAUAUGCUGGCUCAGGGUGUCAUAGAACCCAGCGAUUCCCCAUAA